AUGCCUCAGCCAGCGUCGUGGGAUGGAGCCUCCCUGUCUGACGCCUUUCAGAAUUUCUUUGCUGACCAGGCCCUCACCAGCACUGAGCUGCUCGCCACUAGCUCUGACCCAGAUUUCAUGUACGAACUGGACAGAGACAUAACCCACCGACAGAGCCCCUGUAGGGAGACUAACUUGGGGGUCGGGGACGGAGGCAAAGAGGUGGAGGGCUGUGUGGAUCAGCUUAUGGAUCUGGGCGAGUGUGAGACGGUCUACAGCAGUUCAGCGUUCGAAAAGUGGGACUCCUACUGGGAAGAUGUCACCAGGUACACACGGCUGGCUAGCUGUGACAUCUGGGGCACCAAAGAGGUGGAUUUCCUUGGGUUAGAUGACUUCUCUAGUCCCUACCAGGACGAGGAAGUGAUUGGUCAAACCCCAACCCUGGCUCAGCUUAACAGCGAGGAUUCGCUGCCUGUGUGUGAGGCGCUCUACCCCCCUACUGACCUGACGCUGCCUGCCCCUCAGCUUCAGCCGUCCAAGCUUUCCUGUCACAAUAAGAGACCCUUGGUCCCUGGUCAAGGAUUGGGCCCCGGAACUGCACGGCCCUCACCAAGCUCCACAUCCUCUUCCUGUCCUUCCCACAGCCUUCUCCCAGACUUUCCUGAAACCUCCCAAAAAGCUACCAGACCUGUCCCCUCCAGCACCGAGACUAUGGCCAAGACCCAGAACCUCCUCCGUCUCACACAGGACCACGGCCAAGCUCAAACCAAGCAUCAGGGGCGAGGAACCAAGAUGACAGCCCCAUCUUCUCACAGCACUGACUUUGUGCGGAAGGCCAAAGUCCGUGUGCAUAAAAUUCAGCCCGAGAUGCCCUCCCAGAUGGAUUUUGAGAGGUCAAAUCCACCUCUACCUCUCUCUCAGCCCCAAGAUGAGAAGGCCUGCACUUCAGCAAGCGCAACCUUGGUGGUAAUUCCUGUUGCUGCAGCCAGUGGCUCUGCCAGCUUGACGAGCUUUGAGAAGAGGGCAGAGGAAAUCGGGAGGAGGGAGAUACCUGUAGGCUUGCCUGCCACUGUACCACAAUUGGUUGAGGCGAGCCAGGCCACGGAGGGCAGCACCUCUGGGAAAGUCAGCAGCAGUGAAAAUGUGGCAGGGGCUAGCGGCGGUGACGGCGUUCUGGUUGUGGAGGGCACAGAGAAGAGCAAGGAGGAGGAGCACAACUAUUCUCUGUUCCUGACCCGCAGCAGACUGGCCGGUAGAGUCCACUCGCAGCUGGAAGAGGAGGAGGAGGAGGAGGAGGAGGAAGAAGAAGAAGAAGAGGAGGAUGAUGAGGAAGAGGCUGCGGAAGAGGAGGAAGGCGAUGGGCUUGAGCUAGAUGACGAGGACCAUGAUGAGGGUUUUGGCAGCGAGCAUGAGCUGUCUGAGAAUGAGGAGGAUGAGGAGGAGGAUGAAGACUAUGAAGCUGACAAGGAUGACGACAUGAGUGACGCCUUCUCCGAGCCAGGUUGUGACAUGGAGCUGAUGGAGGACAUUAAAGGCCUGACAGCAGGAGUCUCCAGCCGGAAGAGAGGCAAGCGUCGCUACUUCUGGGAGUACAGCGAGCAGCUCACCCCCUCGAAACAGGAACGGAUGCUUAAGCCGUCUGAGUGGGACAGACACACGCUGCCUAGCAACCUGUUCCAGAAGAACGGUCCUCUCCAUGGAAAGUAUAUGUUGAAGAAGUCUCGCCGCACAGAUGUGGAAGACCUGACUCCCAAUCCCCGCAAACUGCUGCAGAUUGGCACAGAGCUCCGCAAGCUGAACAAGGUGAUCAGCGACUUGACCCCUGUCAGUGAGCUGCCACUAACGGCAAGACCACGGUCACGCAAGGAGAAGAACAAGCUGGCUUCCAGAGCUUGCCGUUUAAAAAAGAAGGCCCAGUAUGAAGCAAACAAAGUGAAGCUCUGGGGACUCAGCACAGAAUACGAUCGGCUGCUGUUUGUGAUCAAUGCCAUCAAGGAGGAGAUAGUUGCCCGAGUGGAGGACUCUGCUCCGCGUCCGACCAACAUGGCUGACACUCUGGAGCAUCUCAUCCAGGAGACACUCGUGGCAUCACCGGUUGCUGGGCAGACUUCAGACUUCGUCAACAAGAUCUUGGAGAACACAGGACAAGGCGAUCCCACCGGUGGACUGGUCGGUCUGCGAGUCCCCACCUCCAAAAUCUAAACAAACCAUGGCCCACUGAGAGGAGGAGUGGACUAAAUAUUACCACCGUGCUGUUCCAUUGUAACUAUGCUCCCCUCUGCAUGCCCCUCCAACACAGAGUACAUACACAUUGUUAGUCACACAAACACACAUACCACUCCAUGUGUGUAUGUAUGUGUGCUUGAUUUAGCCAUGCACUUGUAUGGCAUACACCCUAGCUUACUGUCUCUGCACACUGCGCAGAGUCAAUGUGUCACUGUCUCCCAACCCAUCUUGAGCGUCUGCUGGGAAAAGCGCCUUUUAAAAGCAAGGGAUAAUUAGUUGUAUGGCUAAUAGCAUAUCCUGAAUCCACUGGUGAUAAUACGAUGUGUUUAACAUUGUGUAGUGUAGGGGUGGUUCUGUCACAUAUCUGCUUCCAGGGCUGAGGCAGAGACAGUCACACAAGUGUAACCACCGAAAUACUUUCACAAAAUUGAUAGAGUAAAUAUUGUUUCAGGUCGGACACCUUUUAAAGGUUUGAAAAAGUUCCAGUUAUCAUUUCCUGGAAGAGGCUCACCUCACAUGGCAACACAAAUUAACUCCAGGAUGUCAAAUUGACCCACUUAAUAAAGUACUUAGUUGCCAAGACAGCUGCAGAGAAAAAAAAGCAGCAUGCUAUGAGGCGUUUCAGGGUGGCAGAAUUUAUUUCGUAUUGAAGGCCUAAAUAUGUUCAUGCCAUCCCCUGUUUGCCAAUCAGGUCUGCUGUUGUUAAAAUGUAGGAGUUAACUUAGUAAAAUAAAUCUCGAAAUAUAAAAGGCGAAAGCUUAAAAUUCUAAUUAGACUUUUAACGAUUAAGCAACAGUUUGCGGCAGGCAGGAGGAAGCUUAAUGGCUAAUUUUGACUACAUUAACUUAAGGUGGUAGUUGACCAUGUUGAGAGGAAGUGCAUGUCGUUUGGUGCUUUUUGGCCUUGUGCUGGUUGUAACUGGACUGGGUGAAACGGGCAUUUUGCCAGAAUGGGAGCAGACUGUGAGGAAGAUGAUUAUGGUGGUGAUAAAAUGACAAACAGUGAUCCAUCUCCUCUAGGAAACUGUACAUAAGUGUCUCCUAGUGAAAAAGGACACUGUCUCCAGUUUUUGUACAGUACAGAUGACCAGGCUAACAGUUUGGUGUGUUCAUACUAGUGUUUGAUCAGAGUUCUAUUCAUUGUGCCUUGUGUAUGUAUGUAUGUAUGUAUGUAUGUAUGUGUGUGUUUCUGUAAGUCUGAAUGAGUGUGUGAGAGGGACUGAACAAGAAGAAGUGAUUGGUCAGAACUCCCUAAGGUCCAGCCAAGGAGAGUACUACUUUCACACUGAGGGAGAUUGUUAGUGAAUGCGAGGAGGGAGAAAACUGUGUGUAUAUCAGUUGUCUAAAGAUAUUCUGAAUGUACAUAAAACAAGUGGAAGCUCUCGUUGCAUCAUGCCACAGAGUCUGUGUGUAUAUAGGAGGGCUCUGCAAUAGAUUACUUUUGGUUUUUGGUACUCUGUCUUUAGGGAUUAUGGGAGGGUUAAAAGAUAUUUUUGUUUCGAGUUACAAAAAAAAUAUUUGCACACUAUAUUUUGAUUGUUUUUUGUACCAAAGACACAUGCAACGAAAUGGCGACCAGCCAGUUAAAGUAAGGUUUUGCACAGCUUACCUGACGCCGUAUUGAAUGUAAGAAAUGUGGGAGGGUCAGGAAACUUCAUAGAACUGUGAAAUUAGCUUGGGUCAGAAAAAGAACAUUCAUUCAUUUUUAAAAUCUAAAAAUUAACCCCAUAUGUGGGCUUCUCCAGUAGAUGUGUUGCUUAGCAAGCACUUCAUUCCUGAACUGAUUCCUCCAUCCACAUGCUAAUUGUUUUAAUAGCGCUAUCUAGGACAAAAAAACCAAGAGCGCUAGUUGAUAAGCUAUAUUACAUUUUUGUAUGUCAAAAUGUCACCAACAAUAACCAAAAUGUUUUGUUCCUGUUGUCACUUGUUUGAUUUCUGUGUGUAGACGAGGUCUAGUUCAUCAACAAAAUAUUUACUGAGUUUUGUUUUAAAGUACUGUUUAUAGAAACAUUAAUGCUAUAUCUAUCAAUGGUGAAAUGCCACUUUUCAUGACAAUUGAUUAAUUUUUAAGCAUGACACAUUUCUUAAGCCUACCCUUGCAUCGAAAGUUAGAGGAAAAAAACUGAAAAA